AUGGAGUAUUUUGAAUCAGAUGUUCCUAAUAUCCCUGAUCAUAGGUUAUCAGAAAAACAAUUUCUUUUAAGUACGAAUAUCGCUGCUCGCCACCGAGAGGAAAUCAUGAAUGAAUUGAUUGAAUCGAUCAAGGAAGAGAAUUUAGCACCAUACUAUAAAUAUUUACAAGGUGAAUACAGCGAUUUUCCAUUUGACGAAUCAGUGUACAAAUCGAUGGUUGAAAAAAAUGAAGAGGAGAUUGCACAAUUAAACCUGAAGAUCAAGGAAGCAGAAGGAGAGGACGAAACAGAGCUCGAUGCAUUGACUUGUAACGUCAACCUUGCGGAAUAUUAUACCAAGAUAUGUGAUAGACAUAAUGCGGUGACAACUUUCAAAAAGGCGUUGGAAUUACCCCAAGGUACCGGGUCUAAGAUUGACAUUUUAUUGUCUUUGGCAAGAAUUGAGUUCUUUUACAAUGACUAUGCGUUAGUGUCCAAGUAUUUGGACCAAGUCAAGAGCCAUAUAGACAAGGGUGGUGAUUGGGAACGUCGUAACCGUUACAAGACAUACUGUGGUAUCUUCUUGAUGGCUACCAGAGAUUUCGCCGAGGCGUCCAAAUUAUUGAACGACUCGUUGGCCACUUUCACAUCGACCGAAAUCUGUAGUUACGAACAACUUGCACUCUAUGCUGUGGUAUCGGGCGCCGUGUCGUUAGACAGAGGCGAUUUGAAAUCGAAAAUAAUCGAUUCUCCAGAGAUCUUAUCCAUCUAUUCAUCAGCACCAGAAUUAGAACCACUCAUCAACUUAACUAAUUCCUUAUACACAUGUCAAUAUAACUGCUUUUUCCAAUAUUUGCUCGAAUCAUACGAUCAGUUGUUACUUUCAAGCAAGUAUUUGAACCAGCAUGCCAACUAUAUAUUGCGUGAAAUGAGAUGCAAGGCAUACGGCCAAUUGUUGGAAAGUUACAAGUCCUUAUCCUUAAAGUCAAUGGCCCGUAAUUUCAACAUCAGCGAGGAGUUCUUGGAUCAAGAUUUAUGCAAAUUCAUUCCUAACAAAAAGUUGAAUUGUACUAUCGACAAGGUCAACGGGAUCAUUGAAACGAACAGACCCGAUAACAAAAACAAUCAGUAUCACUUGUUGAUCAAGCAAGGUGAUAACUUGUUAACCAAAUUACAAAAAUACGGUGCUGCUGUCAAGUUAAGUGGUGCUGAGCGUGUUGCGUAA